UGUCUGAACGAGGGGAAGUGAGACAGAGUUGUGUGGGGGAGGGGAAAGAAGGGGGUAAGACAGGAGUUCUCCCAAAAAGCCUUUAGUGAAGAAGCAGACUGCGCUUGUUUGAAUGCCUUCUCAAAAGGAGAUAGCCAGGAGAGUUGAGGGGAAGACUUGAUUUUUUUUUUUUUUUUUUUUUUUUAAAUUAAAGAUUUACAAGCAACUCUGGAUUUUAAGGACUUCAGCUGAAUCUUUUCACAAGGCCUUAUUAUUACUUAUGCUGCUGAUAUUUGACUUGAAAACAUCCAGCCGUGCAUGAUUUUCAUCCAGCUGAGAGGAAACCAGCUUGUACUGAGGAGUGUCUUUUACCUCAAAAUUGCAGUGAGAACUGCAAGUGGACCUAUGGACAAGUACCACCGUCCUCCUUCCCCCACGCCUGGUCUAUAGUCAUCGAGAAACAACUUAUAUUCCCACUAACACCCCAUUCACAGCCAUUUGACCAACCCUCCCCACCUCGUGAUCACACCAUGGCCAGCAAGAGGAAGUCUACUACUCCUUGUAUGAUACCUAGCAAGAUCAUACGCCCGCCAGAGGAAAUUGAACAGGACUCUCCUGUUCUUCUCCGUCAGUCCAGGAUUUCUGGAGGGGGCAGACAUAGCCCCUUAGAUCCUGGAGAGUCUUCCAAACUAGAGGCAGGGGAUGCUGUCAAAGACGGUGCUGGCACUUACACCUGUAAGCCUUGUAACUUUGAAACCCAUGACCUUAACUUGUUCUUGGAUCACGUGUACACCGGGCACCCAGACUUCCGUGCCGACCCCAGCUUCUUUUGUGUGUGCUGUGGGGUUUCAGCGCCCAAGUUUGAAGGGCUGGCCCUGCACAAUGCCAGGGUUCACCCCAGCACUUUGAACACCACUUUACAGCUGAGGAGGAGGGACAGGAGGGUCGUGGUGGAGCAGAAUCUUAUAACUGGGACAGAGUCAGGGAAGGACAGUGAGAUUUCCAUCACCAAAACGCCAAUUAUGAGAAUGCUGAAGGGCAAAUCGGAGCCUAAACGGAUAGUAGUGUCUCACCCAGUGUCUGAUGAGUCUUCCUCAGACCCUCACUCCAUCUCUUCCUCCAGAGAGGUCGAGAGAAAAGAGACUGCUGCAGUGACGGUCACCCAUGUUCCCACAAUAGUUCACAAUGGAACCACCAAGGUCACGCUGCCUUCAGCAAUCCAGAUAGUCAACGGCUCUGGAGCAUUACCGAUGCUCAAGACCCCCAUCACACAGGUGGUCUCAGUGGUUCAAAGCAGAGGCCUUCAUCAAUCUGCACCAAUCACAGCCUCCUCAAAUAUUUCCUCCACUUCUUCGUCAUCUUCCUCCAAAAACCUCCCCAAGGUGAUGAUUCCUUUGAGCAGCAUCCCUACUUACAGUGCCUCCAUGGACUCCUCUUCCUUCUUGAAGACCUCCUUCAGUAAGUUCCCAUACCCCACAAAGGCUGAGCUCUGCUAUCUGACUGUGGUCACAAAGUUCCCUGAAGAGCAGAUUAAGAUCUGGUUCACAGCCCAGAGACUUAAACAAGGCAUCAGCUGGUCUCCUGAGGAGAUCGAGGAGGCCAGGAGGAAGAUGUUCAACACCAUCAUUCAGACAGCGCCCUCCAGCUCGCAGAACCACACGCAGAGUCACCACAGCCCAGCCCAGCACACAAUCACAGUCCUGCCUGCGUCACUGGGAGCCACUGGGAUCCCUCAUAUCCUGCAGGGAUCUCUUGUCAGCCAAGGAGGGGUAAUCGUCACACAGCCUGUAAUGGCCAACGGUAUCCAGGUUAGCAGUGCUCCUGUGGCCCUGGCUGUCACACCCAAGCCGCAGGCAGCAGCUCGCCCCAUGAUGCAGGCCCGACCUGCUGCAGCCCUGGUGGCAGACAAAGGCGUCAGCAUGGUGGUGGGGACGGUGGGCAGCAGCAGCACUGGGAGCAACAUCAUUAGCAGCAGCAAUAGUAGUAGGAGUGGGGGAGGGGGCACUAGCAGCAUUAUUAGUAGCAGUCAAGCUAGUGUCAUCAACCUUAGUCUUGGAAGCAGUAAUCAUGGUAAUGGUAGGGUGAGCACUGUCAAUGGUAAACACAGAAGUGCUAAUGCAGACUGCAAAGACAAGACCAAUAGCAAUGUUACCAGUCAUGUAAAUGCUAAGAACACUGAUAUCAGCAAAGCCAGCAACACCAGCCUCCUGCAGAGUGACAACAAAGUAACCACAGAAAGCAAAAACACCAUAGACAGCAAAUCUGUUAACAGUAACAGCAAGGCAGGCAGUGAAGGACAGCGGAGCAAAGAUACUAACGGUAGCAGCAACAAAAAUAACACAAAUAACGCAAGCACAGACGAUGUUGACCCCACCACCAGUGACUCUUCAACCAUCAAAAUGGAGGAUGCGUCUUCCCCUGCAUCCAAAUCCUCCUCCCCCUCUCCUGCAGCGCCUUCAAGCAGCACACCCGGCUCCAGGACACCUGUUAACGCAUUCCUCGACCCCAACUUUUACAAGGGCAAGAAGUCUCAAGAGCAGCUCAACGCUCUGAAGGACAGUUUUCAGGUAAGCCAGUUUCCCGACCAGGAAGAGGUGGACCGCCUCAUUGCUCUUACCGGGCUCACAGUACGAGAAGUCCGCAAGUGGUUCAGUGACCGGCGGUACCACUUUCGCAACCUCAAAGGUUCACGCACCAGCACAGGUGCGCAGACUAAAUCCAGCAAUGCAGCUGGAACGGGGAGUGGUUCGAGUACACCAGGGAGUGGCACCGCUGGCAGUGUCAACCCUGUCGACCUCUCAGAAAGCAGCAGCAACUCUGGUGCAAAAACACCCCAGCACAGCUCUGCACCUCUGAGUCCAACUGCAACACAGACUCCCACCUCACCCACCACACCUUCCCGCCGACUCCCCAGACCACCUUCUCCUGACUUCACAGCUAUCCGCUACAAGGAGAGAGAACCCCACCAGGUAAAGGCACUAGAGGCCAGUUUUGCCCAGGACACUGACCCAACGGGCGAAGAAGUGGACAGACUGCGAUCUGAGACCAAGAUGACCAGGAGGGAGAUCCAUGGCUGGUUUGCUGAGAGGAGGAAGAGAUUGGCAGCUGAGAAAAAGAAAGAGGAGGCAGAGCGCGCAGUCAGAGAAGAGGAGGGGGAGAUGGAGGUAGAAGGGGAGGAACGACAAAGAGAGGACGCUUCAGGAGAACUGAAAGUCAACCCUAUUAAAAUUAAUCUGAAGAUGCUGAAGGUGACGGAGGCCAAUGGCAAAGCGGAGGGGGAAGGGUUGGAUAGUCCUGCUUUACCACUUCAAACCAGCGGCACACCUGCGUCCUCCCCAGGCCCCACCCCAUCUUCCACCCCCAAACCACCCCAAUCCUCCACCCCAACACACAAACCAUCCCACUCUCCCAAACCCACAGCCAUCCGAGGUAAGAAGACAGCAGAUCAGCUUCACCUGCUCAAACAAGUCUACGCCCGAACCCAGUGGCCCAGCGCUACUCAGUAUGAUGAACUCAUCUCAGGUACUGGACUGCCCAGACCUGAAGUAGUGCGCUGGUUUGGGGACUGCCGCUAUGUGCAGAAGAACGGCCAACUGAAGUGGCUGGAGUCGUAUCAGACCACGGCUCUGGAGGAGGAUCUCCAGAAAGGGAACGCAGAGAUUCUCCAGGCCCACCUCGACGUCCACGGCAGCCUCGAGGAGUCACAGCUGCAGGAACUGGCUCAGGCUAGUGGUUUAACAACGGACUUGGUUCGACACUGGUUCUCUACCAAGGCAGCUUCGCCCCACAUGGAACAAACUGCUGAUUCUGAUGCGACAGGACCAAAACCAGUAGCACCAGGUGUGGAAGCCGAGCCACAAACAACAGGAUCCUCCCCUCUGGAGUCACAGCCAGGAGGAGGAACGGAGGAGAAAAUGGAGCAGUCGGUGUGUGGUGUCGCAACAGAAGCAGAGGAGGCCAAAACUGACGAGACUGUGAAUCCUACUAAAGGAACAGACUGAAGAGGGCUUUUGUUUGAGGAUGGAGUUCACGACGCAGGUGGUCUUUGUGUCGGGAGUCUGAGUAAAAGAUGGCAGAUGCGGUUGUAACAGGAUCACUGGAUGGAAUUGGACCUUGAAACUAUCCCCACCCAUCCCUCUUUCCUUCUCGCUCACACCCCUAGAGGUUGACAUGACCUCCCCCGCUACGUGAGAUGGACGCUAAAGCCACUAACACCCCCCUCCCUCCCCCCCAUCCAUCCAUCUAUCCACCCACCCACCCACUCUCCCUGCCCUCCCCCUGUUUUGUCUACCCCCCUGCUACACACACCCUCUCCAAUAUCCUCCUGUCCGCCAUUUUCCCUUCAGAAGGAAGUUCCAGUAGAAACUGAAGUGCAGGAGUGGAGGUGGUGGAGGGAGGGGCGAGGUGUUUUUCUGCCGUGUUUGUUCUGCCUGCCUGCUCGAAUGGGAGAAAGGAAGAAAGGAAAAAAAAAAAAAGCGAGGGUGGAUGUGGAGGAAGAACACGAAGAGGGAAAAAAAAAAAAAGGGAGAAGUGUGGUCGAGAUUGAAACCUCAGCAGAUGUUGAUCAGGGGUGGGGGUUGGGUUUGGACAGUUAUCGACCAAGUCAACCCUCAGACGAGGAUCGGCAGUGUUGGGAUACUGUUCAUCGUUUGUUUUGGGGUACGAGAAACUGCACAGCUCUACAGGGUGCUUGCCGAGGCCUUAAACUAAAUCAAAUGAACCUUCUUUUUUCCAUUGUGUCAUUUUCAUACUGCUUUGACCUUCACCAUGCACUCUCACACUUUGACUUCAUGCUUGCAGCUUACUCUGAACAUGCUAGCGACGCUGUUCAUAGCAUCUUAUGUGAAACUCUGCACUGAUGUUAAUUUGAUCAUGUCUUGAAGUUUUUUUUGGACAUCUCUUUGUACUCUCUUUUCAUUUCUUAUUUGUACAUACUCUUUGGUUAAAUAGAACAUAAAAUUGUUCAGUAUGGGAAAACGUCUGGAAUCGUUUCAUCCAAAGAGGGCAAGCACCCUGUUGUGUCUCAAACAAAAAAGACGACACAAUAUAUUAGAAUAUGGAAUCUGGUUUGUGUUGUAGCAUCAAGUGCUUCUUCUUGACGUCACUGACGUGUACGUACAUUUGUUUUUAUGGAACUUUCUUAUAAAAUAAAUUUGACUGUAAAAGAACUGUGAACUUUUACCAGAGUUCCAUACUUAGGCUUGAUGUAUAAUUUUUACAGAUGGUAUUUGCAGAAUAAACAGAAUGUAAUAAAC